CAGUGUCGUUGCAGCCGCGGUCCCGUAUGGUUGUCUGACCGAGCGCUGUAUUUCGAUCCACUUAACUGUCGUUGUUGCCGUAUUUAAUCGGUCGUUUCCGUUGUCUGGAACGUGAUCGUUCCACGCUACGUGUCUGACGAAACGACGCUGUUUACGCUUGUUCAGCUUGGAUCGAUCGUUAACAGUGUUACAGUUCUGUUUGUGGUAUCGACUCGAAAGAGGCUCAGGAUGACAAUGGGCUAAACCGGUGAUACCGUUGAAGCAUCGGAAACGUUGUACCUGAAUUUGGGUCAAUGGAGUAACGUGUUGGUGUAACGUACUUGUCAACGAUUGGAAUACCGUGAGGUGCGGCAUUUUCUGAUAAUCGGGAGAAUAUAACGGUGUCGUUGCUAUAUAAGUGGUAUCGGUUGCGGGUUUUGUAAGAUGAGCCCGGCCUCCCAGGGCGGCGUGGAGGUGGAGCGUUACAUCGGUAGUUGUUUGAUAUCGUCGAGCAUCAGACCAGGAUCGCACAAGCCAAUCGUCGGUAGGAAACAGGAAGCUGUGAUUCGCGGGAAAACGCGAGGCUGUUACGGAACUGUGAACUUCCCGAGCGGAACGGAACAAUGUCAGGUGCAGUACGGACCUGGCGGUUGGACGGGCGCUCCGUUGAUAUCCAUGACGUCCAGCCCUCGCAGAUGCACGCAGAGAUCGUCACCGUCGCUCGGUCAGCAGCAACAGCAACAAUCACCGCCGCCGCAGCAGCAACAGCAGGCUUGCGAUCAGCAAGUAUCGGUUCACCUACACAAGAAUCCACUUUCUAGAUUGGCCAUUCACACGCAGGGAGCGCCGCUAAUCCUGGCCAAUCGGUUUCACAAUCGCGGCAAGAUACAUAACAGCGGGAACGCUAAUGGCAUUGCUAAUGCGGUGUGCAGCAAUACGGGCGCAGUGAAUAGUUACGUUCACAAUAACGUAGCUACCGUGACAUCGAACUGUACGAUGAACAACUCGGUGAGGUGUCCACCGUCGCGGCCCCAGAGGCCGAUAGAGCUCGGCAAGAAACAACAGACGAACGCGAAAUCGUCGGACUGCGCGACGACCAAGGAAACGACGAACACGGGAAACAACAUAGCGAAUAUCGAUUCAUUGAGUAUCGCGAGCGACGAGAGUUCAGGGUCGAACAAUUCCGAGAACAGCUUACCACGAAUCAUCAAGCCGCGGAAGCGCAGGAAGAAGGACAGAAAACCGCCGAACAACACGGUGGCCUCCGUGGAAGCGAAACACGACGAGCAACAGCAACAGUCAAAUUCGAGCGUGGCCAACGAACAACCGAGCGCGGGUUCUUUAAAACCGUACGUGCCGGCUUGUUACGAGCAACGUUACGAAGCCGCGCCUCACCUUAGAAACCAUAGAAGGCCACCCAUAGCGAGGGAAAGGACAACGGGCAGCAUGUCGGUGCAAGAGAUAGCCGACGCGAGGCAAAGGUAUCCGCACCGGCACGUGGAGGUGAAAGUGUUGGACGACAACAGAAACAUCGUUGUGCCGGCGCAAAUGCGCACCAUUCCGCCAAAGGGUUACAGACAUAACGGCCAUCACCAUUACCAUAAUCACGCCGUCAACGGCAACAACGUUCUGCGCUAUCUGCACGAAUACAACGAGCCGACGGCGACGACAGGCUGCGAGGACGGUAUCAACGACGAAUUAGGGCCGUGCCAGUGCCGGUAUUGCGAUCCCGCGGCUCUCAUAUGGGACGUGGAACAGAACUGUUACUCGCCCUUCUUGACCCCGUCACCGUCGACCGACUUCUGUCCCGGCCACUUCUCGCAGAUGCCGCUAUUCUUGUCCCGGCCGAGCCUCAAUUGUCCGGAGCAGAGUAUCGAGAGGCUUUUCAACGGCGAUAACGUUCCUCGAGCCCAUCAAGAGAAAGACGGCACCGGUAGCACCGGUGUCGUACUGAGGCGCAGCUGGAGCGAUCCGACCAGUUAUUUCAGCGAGGAGAUCAGCACGCCUAGCAAAGACUUCGGCGUGAUCGGUGACAGGGGACAGGCGGAGAGCGGGAAACGUCGAACGCUGUGGCGCGGCGACUCUAUCGGUCCAUCCGGUAUGGACGUGAACGGUACCGUACAGUCGCCGAAAGAGCUGGAGGUCUCGACGGAGAUCAUCACGUCGCCGAACGGCCACAGAGAUUUGGAGAUAAAGUUUUACUCGCUGUCGCCGAACGCGCCGAUAUCGGAACAGAAGAAAUGUAUCUUCGCGGAGGAGGUGGACGAGGACGAGGAAGAUUUCAGCGAUAUUUGGAGCUACCACGAGUCAAAGCUGCAACAGGAUUUCCGCACGUUGCUGCAAGCGGAGGAAUGAACACGGGAUCCGAGAUUCUCUUUCGAUGUGUCUGCUGGUCCGACUCGUUACGGUGCAAAGAGAGAACAUUUUCGCGUCUGUCCGUGUUUGCGAACGUUCCUUCUUCUUCGAUUCGCGUGCGUGCGUACACGCGAGGCUAAAAGAAGAAGCAGAGUAGCAGGGAGCGUGAACACGUCGACUGUGCGAGCGAGAGAGAAGGAGAGAAAGGGAGACGCGUGAGUGCGAGCGAAAGAGAGGUGGCCCUGUAGAUUCAAUUAGUUCGUCGAUAGGGAACAAAGCCGAACGGACUUGCGUAGACGCGUGCGCGACCGCGUGAGACGAAAACUGCUCGAGUUUCGAACGGUAGCUAUCCGUUUCUGCGAAAAACCUUCGCUCCUUUCGUCCGAAGUAACGCGCGUCGCUGUAAUUAUAUCCUACUUCCAUCUCUUCCCUUCCUCGGUUUUGUUCCCGCGAUGACGCCCUCGUUGCCAGCAGUCCUGGGUGAAACGACGAACAAGUGUAACUGACGGUAACGAGCAAAGCUACGUGUCGAACGAUUCUUCUUCCUAACGGUGUACGUUGUAUACACGUAGUAUACGUGAUGUGCGUGCACUCGUGAAGCACGCACGAGAGUAGGUCUAAAGGAUCGUACCUUGAUGUCGGGAAUACACGCGGUCUGCUUAUCGAUGACAACAUGCUACUAAUAAACGGUGGUUGGCUCGUGUCGUCAAGCGAAUCGACUCAACGAUAAGGCAGGUGUGUCGACUACCAGACUAAAGCUGAUCGCACGAGAGAAAGAUUCCCUGUAAUCGCCUCUUUUUCUCUCUCUCUCUCUCUUUCUCCUCGUCCUUCCUUUCUUUCAACUUCCUUCGCUUUCUUUCCACCGUCUCCUCUUUCGCGUCGUACGAUCUCAACCGUUGUCAACGUUUGCAACGAGAUAACGCUUCCCCUCGCUGCCAACCACCGUCACCGGAACAACUAGAGUUGUGACUGUUUAAAUCGUAACGUAGUAAUUAAACGGAACGAUGAAUCGGCCGCUGGUCGCCAAGAAAGUUCGCGUUCCCCGUUUUUCCUCUUUUAAUCACGCGAUGCCCGACAGUUUUCUCCGAUCCUCGUUACCUCUUGAACAAUUGCUUUCUCAUUGUCGAAUAUCGUUUCCUGUGUCGUCGUUGCGAAACUCGCUUUAAACCUUCGUUCCAUAAAUUGUUUGGUCUUUCGAAUACGUUCGAUAUUGUGUUGCGUACUUUGGCUACUUGAAAAGUAGAGUCACGUUUACGCGUGAACGUUAUAACAUCGAUCCGUGUUACUAUCGAGAUACUUCGAUCAUUCCUGGAACGUUUCUUGCGGUUAGUAGCGCAGUGGCUGGCAAAUAUCCCGCGAAUCCUUUGUUCCUGCAACUAAGUUCAUGAUAAACAGAAAUUCGCGGCCGGAAGGAUGGCUAACAGUUUGAAGUUGUUUCGUGUUACUUGCGCGAUUCGUGUUCGCGUAGUCGUAAAUGCGUAAAGCAUUCCUCGUGGUCACGUUGUUGCAACGUCAGUUAAAUUUUAGUUGUAUCUAUCGUCGAGAAAUGCUAAAAUUGUCUGUCCUUUGCGAUUGACACGCGAGAUUCGAAAAUCUCGUAAAUUUCACUACGUGUUCCACUUCGGUGUAUCGAUUUCAUUUUGCCUCGUAAUCUUUCAAAGUUACCAAGUUUGUCCGACGUUUGGUCGACGCUUACGCGUUUGCCUUUUGAUCUGUAGCUUGCACUCUGUACAAAACAAACAGAUUGGAAGGCAGACCUUGAUUCUAUUUUGGAAAGUGCUAGGAAGUAAGUUGGUUAACAUUGGAACUUGGUUGGAUGUUCGCUGGUCUCUGGUUCAGCCAAGACCUUUAGUAUCUUUAGCGUACAAUGUUUGUUAACGUGAAAAUUUAUCGAACAGAGUUACUCGUCCUCGUGUCGCAGUUACUUUUCACGCGACUCCACGUUAUUACAGGGACACGUGAUCGAAUAGACGCAAGACGAAACGUGGUCUCCAAUUAUCAUCGGCCGUGACCUUAAAACGUUUUAUCGUAGAAAAAAGGGCAUCGCGUGAAUUUUCGUAAGGCGUAAGACGGGGCACGGUGAAGCCAAUCGAUCGAUCACGGUUUGCGAGCUGCGCGUCGAUUGUAUCGAUCACGAGCUUCGCGUGAUUUUGUGAAACGCCGUCGCGAUAACGCUUCUCAUCCCGUGCUCGCCGAUCUUGUUUCUCGACCCAGCACGAGUCCGCGAACUUUCAUCGUUUCGUACGCGAAAUCAGACAGAAAAAAAACACCCGUCGCAUAUUUAACAAACAUACACACAUGUAUACACACACACACACACGUAUCCAUUACCCACCAUCCUCUUUCGUUUAGACUGUAAGCCUAGAUGUUAAGGCGAUUCACUUAGAUUAUCACCGUUGUCUAUAUGUGUAUAGGAGAAGUCGCGUAUUAAACGGUCCGCCUUUUAUUUACCAUUAGACUGUUAGGGGAUAUUAGAGACGAUGCGGCAAUUUCGAAGGCAACGAAAGAGCGUGCCGCGAAAAUCACCGACGACUAAUUAGGCUUAGCGCGUGCGUGCUUCGCGUCCGGGGUUCAACCAACGAGACGCGCAAUCCAAACGCGAAGAAUUAUAUUAGCAAUAUUUCUCUCUUGCUCUGGUCCUCAUCGUGCAUAGCAAGUUUUAUUGCUAAGUAGCAACAGAUAAAUAUUGAUGUUGACUCUUGUUAAAGCAGCAACAACCGCGUAUCACAUACCAAGCCAAGAGAUAAUCGUUGCUGCUUUAAUAACAUCGUCGUUCGUUGAUAUUUUUCUUCGAGUGUAACGCCGUUUGCACGGUAUCACGUUCGCUGCUGUGUAACCAAACGCGUGUCUUACCCUGCCUGUAUAGUGUUCACCAAUAAAUUCGCCACCACGUUCUUCCUUUAUUUUUCAAUGUAUCACGCAUUCUUUUCUUUUCUACCGAGCAGUGCAUCGUUCGUUGGCAGCGUCCGUGGAGAAACGAUCGGAUGCCACUUGCAAUCCGCCUUUCCGGAAUAAAGGUUUUUCGCUCGAGAACGCAUCACCGUCGCCGCCAAUCCGGAUACAUGUUGCGGAACGAGUUCGUAGUACGAUACAGCUUCGACGAUGAUACCGUUCGCCCCUCCGCCCCCGAAGUUUGUUCAUUUAUUGUUUUCACAAACGAUGAACGGAGGAAAAUUUAAUUUAUUUGCGACGAAUCGUCGAGUCUCUUUUUGCUUAUGGAACAGUGCCGUGGUAUACAAACCUGGUGUCUCGUAUACUAUAUGAAACGUUCGAAGGCUGCAGCUGGAGAAACGAAAAUUGAUAAAAACGAUUCGAACGUAUCGAGAUGAAAAAAGUUGCCUGUUUCGUUUUGUUAAACGAUGCCGCUGUUCAGACCGGGAGAGAUAAGAACUUAUAUUUGACGUUCAGCUUUUUUUUUUUUUGUAAAGAUUCUAUCGCGGACGAAUCGCAAUUGACGAUCGGCGAAACGUACAUUCGACCUUACUUUUAUCGAUCGUGACGGAGUUUCGACGAACGCUUUUUUUCCCGUUUUAUUUUGCUUUUUGUGUUUGCUGAUUGUGAUCAUUUGCCAAUCGUGCUUUACGCUAUUUGAUCUCUGGAAGAAGAAAGAGAGAGCGAGAGAGAUUCGAAGAACGUCGAAAAAAUUUUCACACGGAUCGCGCGUUGUUUUUUUUUUUUUUUCGUUAGAAUUAUCGACAUUUUUGUUUCAUGGAUUGUUGACUCGAGUGGAUUCGCUCUUUUUUUUCUUUCUCUUCUUUCGAAAUUCGAUCCUUUCCGCUCUCUCCUUCUGGAUGUAUUUAUUUUGAACAUCGCCGUUUGACGAUACAAGGUAUUGUGAUAACGAAACGAUGAUACACUCGAUUCUGCUUCGUCGUCCAGACUGAUCAACGCCGGUCAACCAAUGUCGCUAUAGUGCUGUACCGCACUAACUCAAAUUACAUUGUUUGAGAAGUUCAAUAAAAGAUGUCUUUGAUUUAAUUUUGCA